GUCAUUGUUGAUGAUGGAGAACUUAUUUCUGGAAUUGUCUGCAAAAAGACAAUUGGCUCGGGUUCCGGCUCUUUAAUACACAUUGUGGCCCUCGAACAUAAUCAUGAACAAGUUGGCAUGUUUUUCAACAACAUACAAACAGUUGUUAAUAAUUGGUUGCUCAUAGAAGGUCAUACAAUUGGAAUUGCCGAUACUCUUUAUGAUCAAGCUACAAGGCGUCAAAUUGGAGAUACCAUUGGAAAAGCUAAAGAUGCCGUGUUUGAGAUAAUUGACCAAGCUCAUAACUAUGAUCUUCAACCAACUCCCGGCAAUACCCUAAGGCAAACUUUUGAAAACAGUGUUAAUAAGAUCCUGAAUGACGCCCGUGACAAAACAGGUAGCUGUGCUCAGAAAUCACUCUCGAAAUACAACAAUUUUAACAUAAUGGUGGUUGCUGGCUCCAAAGGGUCUCGUAUUAAUAUUUCUCAAGUUAUCGCUUGCGUCGGACAACAAAACGUUGAAGGCAAAAGAAUUCCCUUUGGCUUUCGUCAUCGAACUUUACCCCAUUUUAUCCAGGAUGAUUAUGGUCCGGAAUCUCGCGGCUUUGUUGAGAAUUCUUAUCUGGCUGGCCUCACUCCUACUGAGUUUUUUUUCCAUGCUAUGGGAGGUCGAGAAGGCCUAAUUGAUACAGCUGUCAAAACUGCAGAGACGGGCUACAUUCAGCGUCGUUUGAUCAAGGCUAUGGAGUCAGUUAUGGUUAAAUAUGAUGGGACUGUGCGUAAUCAAAUCAAUCAACUGAUCCAACUCCGCUACGGUGAAGAUGGCCUUGACGCUUGUCACGUCGAAUUUCAGCGUCUUCCAACAUUCAAACUGUCGAGUGCAGCCUUUGAACAUAGUUUCCGCUUCGAUCUCUCAAAUGAGCGUGCACUGAGACGCAGUAUGCCUGACGAUUUGGUGCGCAGUCUCACUACAGAUGCACAGACGCAGAGUGAGUUAGAUGCAGAGUGGGAGCAGCUCUGUCGCGACCGAACUGAGCUGCGUAAGUUGAUUCGCAAAACGGACGACAAUGUUGUUCUUCCUUGUAAUAUCAAUCGACUGGUUAUGAAUGCUCAAAAAAUUUUUGAAAGUGAUCCUCUCGCCAAGACUACCCUUCAUCCUCGGCAAGUUGUCGAGCAGGUCCGAGAAACUUGUCGUCGUCUCGUUGUGGUUCCGGGUGACGAUAAACUCAGUCAAGAGGCAAACGCUAAUGCCACUCUUCUUAUGUCUUGUAUGAUUCGAGCUUCACUUUGUGCUAAAAAAGUUAUUGAAGACUAUCGGUUAAGUUAUGAGGCCUUUGACUGGAUUCUUGGUGAGAUUCGUACACGAUUUCAGCAAGCUCAAAUUCAUCCAGGAGAAAUGGUUGGUGCUCUGGCAGCUCAAUCUCUUGGUGAACCCGCUACUCAAAUGACUCUUAACACGUUUCACUACGCGGGUGUUUCGGCCAAGAACGUUACACUAGGUGUGCCUCGACUUAAAGAGAUUAUCAACGUUAGCAAGCGUCCCAAAACUCCCUCCAUGACUAUAUUCCUGACUGGACAGUCUGCACGAGAUGCAGAAAGGGCUAAGGAUGUUGUGGCUCGCCUUGAGCAUACGACUCUUCGCAAGCUAGUAAAUAGCACAGCCAUCUUCUACGAUCCAGAUCCCAAAAAUAGUGUAGUUGAAGAGGACCGAGAGUGGGUGUCUACUUACUACGAGUUGCCUGACUUUGAUGUGAACGCCAUCAGCUCGUGGAUGUUGCGUAUUGAGUUCUCGCGCAAGGGUAUGACAGGCAAAAAGCUUUCACUUGAGCAAAUUGCUGAAAAAAUCACCAGAGCUUUUGGAAAUGAUCUGAUCUGCCAUAUACCUGACGAUAACCUAAAGUUGGUCAUGCGUAUUCGCAUUAUGAAUAGCGACCUUGAAAAGGAAUUAAAAGAAGCAGACACAACUGCAGACAAAAUGGAAGAUGAUACAUUCCUUCGAUUCAUUGAGGCUAAUUUACUCACGGAUAUAACUCUUCAAGGUGUCCCACAAAUUACCAAGGUUUAUAUGCAUUUGCCGAAAACGCAGGACAAAAAGCGAAUUUCAAUAAAGGACGAUGGAAGCUUUGAUGCCAUUGCUGAAUGGAUGUUGGAGACGGAUGGGACCUGUUUAAUGAAAGUGUUGGCCGAGCGGGAUGUAGAUUCAGUGAGGACGGUUAGCAACGACAUCGUCGAAAUCUUCGAGGCUCUUGGAAUAGAGGCUGUGAGGAAGGCAAUAGAGUGUGAAAUGCACCACGUCAUUUCCUUUGAUGGUUCAUAUGUCAACUAUCGUCAUCUCGCUCUCUUGUGUGAUAUUAUGACCGUAAAAGGCAAGUGGUGCUAUUUGUGUCAUUUUUUUAAACUUGCAAGCUAA